UAUUAGUAUGUCGUCGAUAUUAUAGAGAGAAAUAGCUAGGCCGGUGGCUUUAUCUUGUCCAAACAACAAAAAAUUAAAAGGAACAUUAGCUAAUUUCCCCUCUUUUUUCCUAUGUAACAAUAAACAGUUAGAAAGAAGCAUAUAACUAAUUUCAUGGAGAUUUCUUACAACAUAAUUAUAGCAACAGUUUGUGUUGCAAUAUUAUUUGUACAUACAUGGAGAGUGUUGAAUUGGGCAUGGUUUAGGCCAAAGAAAUUGGAGAAUUGCUUAAGGCAGAGAGGUCUAAAAGGAAAUCCAUAUAAGUUACUCUAUGGAGAUUUGAAUGAACUCACAAAAAGUAUAGUAGAAGCAAAGUCUAAGCCUAUCAAUAUCUCUGAUGAUAUUGCUCAAAGGCUUAUCCCUUUUUUCCUCAACGCCAUCAACAAAAAUGGUAAAAGUUCUUUUGUGUGGCUAGGCCCAUAUCCAACAGUGUUGAUCACAGAUCCAGAACAUGUAAAAGAGAUUUUGACAAAGAAUUAUGUGUACCAAAAGCAAACUCAUCCCAAUCCAUUUGGCAAGUUAUUGGCUCAAGGUCUUGUGGUGCUUGAGGAAGACAAAUGGUCCAAACACAGAAAAAUCAUCAAUCCUGCCUUCCAUGUCGAGAAGUUAAAGCAUAUGUUGCCAGCAUUUUAUAUGAGUUGUAGUGAACUGAUAAGCAAAUGGGAGGAGAUUGUUCCAAAGGAAACAUCAUACGAGCUCGAUGUAUGGCCAGACCUUCAAAUAAUGACCAGUGAAGUCAUUUCUCGAACUGCAUUUGGGAGUAGCUAUGAAGAAGGGAGAAUAGUAUUUGAACUUCAGCAAGAACAAGCUGAGUAUGUAAUGGACAUAGGUCGUUCAAUUUAUAUACCAGGAUCAAGGUUCUUGCCAACUAAAAGGAACAAAAGAAUGCUGGAAAUCGAAAAGCAAGUCCAAACAACGAUUAGGCGUAUCAUCGACAAAAGAUUGAGGGCAAUGGAAGCAGGGGAGCCUAGUAAAGAUGACUUAUUAGGCAUAUUACUUGAAUCCAACAUGAAAGAAAUUGAACAACACGGAAGCAAAGAUUUCGGAAUGAAAACAGUAGAAGUGAUUGAAGAGUGCAAGUUAUUCUAUUUUGCUGGACAAGAGACCACUUCAGUGUUGCUCGUGUGGACAAUGAUUUUGUUGUGCCUACAUCCAGAGUGGCAACUACGUGCCAGAGAGGAGGUUAUGCAGGUCUUCGGAAAUGAAAAACCAGACAUGGAAGGACUAAGUCGCCUCAAAAUUGUGACAAUGAUCUUGUACGAGACAUUAAGGCUAUUCCCCCCAUUACCAGUAUUUAGUAGAAGGAACAAGGAAGAAGUCAAAUUAGGGGAGCUGCAUCUACCAGCUGGAGUGCUACUCAUUAUACCCACAAUCUUAAUUCAUUAUGACAAGGAAAUAUGGGGUGAAGACGCGAAGGAAUUCAAACCAGAAAGAUUCAGUGAAGGAGUGUCAAAAGCAACAAAAGGACACGUCUCGUUUAUUCCAUUCAGUGGGGGACCUCGAAUUUGCAUUGGACAAAACUUUGCAAUGAUGGAAGCAAAAAUGUCAAUAGCAAUGAUACUACAAAAGUUCUCCUUCGAACUCUCUCCAUCUUAUACUCAUGCUCCAUUUGCAGUAGUUACUAUUCAUCCACAGUAUGGUGCUCCUCUGAUUAUGCGCAAACUUUGAAAUGAAUAUUCUCCAUUUAUCAGCUCGAAUACUAAUAAAUAUAUAGUUGGGUUAUGGCUGAAGUCACUCUUUUCGAAUUUCAAGUUUUGAAAUGUUAUCGUUGUUGUUUUUUCAUUUCUCUUUUGUGGGUGAAUUAAUUUAAACUUAUUAUGAUGCUC